AUGUCACUGAAUGGAUCAGAUGCUGAGCUAGAAGAGUCGACCGUGCUUGAGGAAUCGACCGUUUUGGACGUCGACGAACUCGCCGAAGAAGAAGACGACGUCGAAGAUGAUCCAGAAUUGGAAGCGAUCAAAGAAAGAGUGAAAGCGAUGGAGCAGGAAGCCGAGAAGUUGAAAGCGCUACAGUCAGAAGUCGAGCAACAAAUCUCUGCUGAUGUUCGAGAGCCUGCAAAAGUGAACUUCCCGACUAUGGAGGAAAAGAUGGAGACAGACAAUCGGUCGAUUUAUGUCGGACAGGUAGAUUAUGCGUGUACAGCUGAAGAGCUUGAGCAACAUUUUCACGGCUGCGGGGGGCUGAACAGAGUGACCAUCAUUUGCGACAAAUACAGUGGCCAUCCAAAGGGAUUUGCAUACAUCGAAUUCACAGAAAAAGAAUCCGUCGACGCAUCCCUGGCCCUGGACGGCUCUGUUCUCCGCGGCCGAGAAAUCAAAGUGAUGCCAAAACGCACCAAUCGUCCAGGAAUCAGUUCGACGGACAGAGGUGGCGGCAGAGGAGGAUUCAGAGGCCGCGGUCGAGGAUAUCGCGCCCGUGGAAGAGCCUACUACAGCAACUUUAGCACCAGAGAAGCUCACUACGCGCCCUACUAG